ACACAUUCUAAGUAACGAAACGUACGCAGAAUAUGACAACAGAUAAAAAUUGUUUCAAAAAGUAUAUCAACUCUGCUUUUCCAUUUUGAGUUUUAAAAGGUAGCAUAUAUAAUGAUUUGAGGUGAGAAUAGCUGGUCGGUAAGAAGCCUGACUCGCGGUACCGGCGAGCUGCUUGACAGACGCCGCUUCUGAUGUAACAGGCGUCUGCCGUGAGAUUCAGCGGCCAGCCGGUGCACCUGCCUUCGGUCACCGAGCGCUGCCGCCGCCGUAAUAUACCGUCAUGUAUUUUUUAACCGGCUGGCCCCGAAAGUUACUUUGCCCUCUUAGAAGAGACGAAGAAUCGUUUCGCAUCCAGCCGAGUUUCCAAAGGUUUUACUUUGCCGUGCUGUCAGGAACUCAUCUCGACAUCUGGUUUAGUUGGCCCAGUGCCCUAAUCGUGAGCUACAGUGAAUCUGUAGAGUCAGCAGCCCGGUUUGGACCAUAUCAGCAGGCAGAAUGGAAGAUGGAUGAUACCAUGAUUGCCUUAGGGACCGCCAAUGGAUACCUUCUCAUGUUUGACGUGGUGAAUGACAAGGAGGACAAAUUCCCGUAUGGACCUCAGCAUCCUAAAUGGCGUCUUCAUGUGCUCACUGCUGGGCAGAAGGAAAAGCAGAGUGUCCCCACCGUUAGUCUGAAGAUGAAGAAGCCUUUGAAUCUGGAGGCCCCCAUUAAUAGCCUGCAGUGUGUCCAUGAGGAGCUGCUGGCGUGUACGGCGGACGGGUACCUGCAUGUCCUGCGAUGGCACGGUGCAUCCAGCACACGCAGGGCUAUCAGCCUCUGCAGCGUGCACUUCGCCUUGGAACUGCGCCCCACUCAGGGUGCACUCAGCCCCUCGCUGGGCCUGGAGGGUGUGCACAUUCGGGACAUGGAGCACUGCUUAACGCUGGAUGGCAUUGCCGUGGUCCUGAGCGACGGUCGGCUAGGCUUCAUCAGACCCACCUCUGGGGGGUUUGCAGCAAAUCAGCUGCAGGGCGUCUGGGCUCCCGAUGUCAAGGACGGGAUGUGCGUGGCCGUCAGUGACAAAUACCGGCUGAUGGCGUUUGGCUGUGCCAGUGGGUCUGUCUUGCUGUACAGCUUAGAUGGUGCCACCGGCUCGAUGCAGCUGUCUCACAAGCUGGAACUGACACCAAAACGCCACCCAGAUGUUUGGAAUAAAACUGGACCGGUGAAGCUGGUACGGUGGUCACCUGACUGCAGUGUCGUCAUGGUAACUUGGGAGCGUGGCGGCCUGUCUCUGUGGAGUGUGUUCGGGGCCCAGCUUGUCUGCACGCUGAGCCAGGACUUUGCGUACCGGUUAGAUGGCACCAAGAAAGAGCCCUUGAAGAUCAACUCCAUGGCAUGGGGGCCAGAAGGGUACCAUCUGUGGGUGCUGGCCAGCAGUGGCAGUGAACAAGGGGCAUGUGACAGACCUCGACAGCCGGAGAUACUGCAGUUCCAAUUCCUCAGGAGUGCCUCGACAGCCAAUGGGUGCACGAACGACCUGGGGCAGGUGGUCCUGCAGGGGCAGGACAGGCUGUACCUGAUGCCUGAUGUCCAGCCUCACCGAUAUACGGGCCCCCAGAGACAGGGCAGCAGUAGCUUCUGUGCUGAAGGCCUGUCCUCCACUUCAGCCUCUCAGGGAUCAGGCACUGUGCUGGGUUACAGACACUGGCAUGUUGUGCAGAUUCACAGCACAUACUUAGAGGCCAACUGGCCAAUAAGAUUUGCAGCCAUAGAUCCAAGUGGCCAGCAGGUAGCUGUGGCUGGGAGACGUGGUCUUGCACACUAUUCUUUGGUCGCUAGGAAGUGGAAACUGUUUGGGAACAUUGCCCAGGAACUAGCCAUGGUGGUCACUGCAGGACUGGCAUGGUGGAACAACCACAUUGUUGUUACCUGCUACAAUUUAGCUGAGCAACGAGAAGAGCUCAGGUUCUACCCUCAGAAGUCCAACCUGGACAACGCUCACGCCAGCACCACCAAGCUGCACUCGGAGACGCUGCUGUUGCACGUGUCCCGCAGCACGGUCCUGCGCUUCCGGGCAGACUGCUUCAUCAAUCUGUACAGCAUCAGCGUUACGCAGGAUAGGGUGAGACCCUCAGUCAGUGUGGAUCUCCUCCAGGUGGUGUCUUUGUCCCGCUACAUCCCUCAGCCAGCUACAGUGCUGUCUAUCAUGCUCACUUCAAUUUGCACUACGACAGGAAGCACCAUGAAACCUCCCCAGGUCUGCCUGGCAGAGAGUAUCCUUCUCAACAUGGCAGGACAGCUUAUCAUGCUGCAAAGGGACGACUCCAGACCUCAGGUGCAAGAAAAGGAAACCGUGCCUGAUCAGAAGAAGCUGUUCCCAUUCUGCCCCCCCGUGGUGCUGGCACAGUGUGUGGAGAAUGUGUGGACAGCCGGUCGCAGCAACAAGCAGAAGCGCCACCUCCUGGAAGCUCUUUGGAUUUCCUGCGGCGCGGCGGGCAUGAAGGUCUGGCUUCCGCUAUUUCCGCGCGACUGUCGCAAGGCCCACUCCUUCCUGUCCCGGCGCAUCAUGCUGCCAUUCCACAUCAGCAUCUUCCCCCUGGCUGUGCUCUUUGAAGAUGCACUGGUUUUGGGGGCUACCAGUGAAGCGGUGCUAUAUGAUGGCCAAGGAUUGCCCCCAGAUUCCUUGGAGGUCAUCUUCCCUUUCUGCACUGUGGAGCGCACUUCUCAGAUCUACCUCCACCACAUCCUACAGCAGCUGCUUGUGCGGAAUCUUGGAGAGCAGGCCGUGCUGCUGGCCCAGUCUUGUACUGGGCUUCCAUACUUCUCCCAUGUACUGGAGCUGAUGGUCCACGUGGUGCUGGAAGAGGAGGCCACCUCCCGGGAGCCAAUCCCUGACCCGCUGCUGCCCACUGUGGCCAAGUUCAUUACCGAGUUCCCCCUAUUCCUCCAGACCAUUGCGCACUGCGCACGCAAGACUGAGUACGCCCUCUGGAACUACCUGUUUGCUGCCGUCGGCAACCCUAAGGACUUGUUUGAGGAGUGUCUGAUGGCCAAAGACCUGGACACAGCUGCCUCCUAUCUCGUCAUCCUCCAAAACAUGGAAGUGCCGGAAAUUAGCCGUAAGCACGCUACCCUGCUGUUCAGUACUGCUCUGGAGCAAGGCAAGUGGGAUUUGUGCCGUCAGAUGAUUAGAUUCCUCAAAGCGAUUGGCUCAGGGGAGUUAGAGGCGCCGCCCCCCACACCAGCCACUCAGGAAGCCGGCCUGACGGGGGGCAUGGAGUUUUUCCGGCGGCGACACAGUAAUGCGUCUCAUUCGGCUGACAGUGUCCCCCCAGGAGUGGUCACUCCACAGAAAACCCCCAGAAUCCCUUCCGACAGACCCAGCAAAGACUGCGGGAGCACGGAGACCGUGUACAUCACCGUGAUCCUGGAGCGACGUGCACGGCGCCUCCUGGAGGACGCGCGCUUGAAGGACCUGGGCUGUUUCUCCACUCAUUUGGGCUUCGAGCUGAUCGGCUGGCUGCGCAGGGAGCGAAGUCGGGCGGCCCGUCUAGAUGACUUCGUAAGGGCCAUCAAGAGGCUGCACCAGGAUUUCCUCUGGCCGUUUCCCAGCAGCGUUGAGGACUCUGUCUGGGCCUCCCUCCUGAAUGAUGGCUACUGCAUAGGGCAAAGCAGUCAGCUGCAGAAGCCUGAGUCAGAGAACAGUCUCCAGAAUAUCCAGGUGGACACAGUGCCCCCUGCUGUUGGCCAUAGCAAUUACAGCAGCCCGGACAGCCUUGGGGAAGAGCUGCAUCUCCAGGAUGCUUUCCUCUCUGCGUUUCCACACAAAAAGGAUGGGGCCAGCAUCGGCUCGGCCACGGACCUCACCGAGGUCAGCUCCGUGGCGGAUGGGGACUGGGCCUCGGCCGAUGAGGAUUUCGCCUCCACCGCCAGCCUGACGCAUGGGCAGCUGGAGCACAUCUCCAAGGACCUGACCAGCAGGGGCCCACUCAGGUCUCAGCUGCAGCUCAGGUACCUGCUGCACAUGUUCAUGGAAGCGGGGUGCUUUGAAUGGUGUAUAGUCAUUGGGCUCGUCCUCCAGGAAGCGGCAGUCGUCAAGCAGGCGCUCAGCUUCCUGGACAGUGUCCCCGCUGAGAGAGUUCAGGGUAUCCGCAGUAGCCUGCUGGCGGUGGACGCCUGGGCUUCAUCUGAUUGUCUUGGAUACAAGCCCCUCCUCAACCAUAUCUGGGAUCGGCUACAAAAAGUGGACGUGAUGGAGGAGCCAGCCAGCGCAGAAGCUCCACCAUCCUCCAGCCCCUCCAAUCCCAUGGAGCUGCCGAACUCCAGGACAGAAGACAGCCUCGGGCCAAUAGCUCUCCUGAGUACAGGCCCUGCAGUGCCCCCUGCAGCCACGGAGGACUCUUCUGAGCAGCAGCAGGCAGCACUGCCCCUGGAAGAGGAGGCGAAUACAUGUAGCCUUUCCUGACGCUUUUACACCAGGCAGGCACCGCUAAGAGGUCUUCCACGAGGCAUUACCCUACAUUAACCCUCAGGCGACAGGCAGCCGAGACAGGCUUUCUAGCCUCCCUUGACAGUUUUUCACGUGUAAUUGAAGUAAAAUAGGAUCUACAUCUGUUAGGUAUGAUAUGAGAAGCGUGAUUCUGCUUGCUGCUGCUUUGCGGGGGAGUGCACUGAAUGGGGCUAUUGUGUUGUUUAUGUAUGAAAAAUAUAGCUGUGUCUUGGCCAGAAAGCGAGAGGUCAAAAAGGGGACACAAUGCAUCUUCCAUUUGUCUUCUUUAUACUCUAUCUUACUUUGCACAAAAUCAUAUUUUUAUAAUACCUUUUUUUGUUUUGUUUCUGUUCGAUAGGUUUAUCAACCUCAACAGGACCAAAAUGACUGUUGUUGAAUGUAUGGUCUUUCCAUAAUGGGUACUUCCCUUCAUGAACAAUGAGAAGUUUCGGUUUUGGAACACCACAUACAGUAAUGAUAAUGAUGCUAUGAUACUGUUUCUGAUGCACUCAUGUAGUAGCUAACAGACAGGAUUAAAUUAAUUCCUUGACACGCCGUGUUUACCUGUAGCUUUUGAAAUCUGAAUGGCAACCGCAUCCUUGUUGAGGGUCUUUAUAAACGUCGAUAUUUCCACAUUUGAAGGUGGAACUUCACAGUCUUGGAUGUUUAAUCCAACACUGCCAGAUACAGGAGAACUACAGGCGUAUCUCUGGUUUUAAGACAUCUGCAGGCUGUUUUUGUCUCAGUUUAGUUUUCUCCAUAACUUUUUAUCUAAUUCCUUACUCAUUUUAUUGGUUAGAGGCAACAGAGAUGUGAUUUGAAUUGCACAGGAGUCUAAUCUAUUUUAUUGUGCACAGUGAAAAUUUUAUAUCUCACUAAACACACUGUAUCCAAAUUCAAGAGGUACUCUCAGUGCAAUACUAUACACUGUGCUGUUUUAUUCUUGUGUAUUAUGAGCAAAUCAUUUAAAUUAUUUGUAGUUAACCUGUGGAAAAUGCACGUUUAGUCCUCAUAUUGUUUAACUGUAAGGCUUUUAGAUGCUCCUUUGUAAAUAAAUGUAGUCAACAGCUAAAAUAAAUACUGAUGAACUCGGAAUUAAACAACGAACAAAAGUUGUUAAACACAGACUGCUUUGAUUGCUAUUUAAACGUAGUCAGAGAUACAAGUUAUAUAUAAUGAUCCUUGUAGACCUUCUUAUUCAUGCCUUAGAAUAUGCAAAAUAGAUUUUGAACUAUACAAAUACCACCUAGAUCUAUUAUUAUCAUUAAACUGCAACUGG